GAAGAGGAUUAGUUUACUCUGUGCACGUGUGGUUUAGUUACCUUGAAGUUGUCGACUCUCUGGUGACGUUCUCGGAGGAUUAUCGCUGUGUUUCUUGGCCAAGAACCGCCGAGGCGAACAGAACCCGGUGAGACAGCAGGAGAACUGAAGUCAUGUUCAGAUUCCUCAGUCUCCAGAGCAGGAGGCAGCCUAGCACCAUAGGAGCUCAGCGGCGGUACAAUCACCACAGGGCUGUUAUGGCCGUACGCCGCGAGGACGUCAACCCCUGGGAGAGGAGGGCGCCGCUGGCCCCCCGCCACGUCAAAGAGCUGACGAACGAUGGUGUCAAAGUCCUGGUCCAACCAUCUAACCGCAGGGCCAUCCAUGAGAAGUUAUACAUGAAGGCUGGAGCUGUUAUCCAGGAGGACAUUUCUGAGGCAUCACUGAUUAUUGGAGUGAAGAGGCCGCCGGAAGAGAAGGUGAUUCCCAGGAAGACGUAUGCUUUUUUCUCCCACACCAUCAAAGCUCAGGAGGCCAACAUGGGGCUGCUGGACGACCUGCUGAAGAAGGAAGUCCGUCUCAUUGACUAUGAGAAGAUGGUUGAUGCCAAUGGUUAUCGUAUUGUAGCGUUUGGUCAGUGGGCUGGUGUUGCAGGAAUGAUUAACAUUUUGCAUGGAUUAGGGCUCCGUUUCUUGGCUCUUGGCCACCACACUCCCUUCAUGCAUAUAGGAAUGGCACAUAACUACAGGAAUGUCAGCCAGGCAAUCCAGGCUGUUAGGGAUUGUGGUUAUGAGAUUUCCAUGGGACUCAUGCCCAGAUCCAUUGGCCCAGUCACCUUUUGCUUCACCGGAACAGGAAAUGUCUCCAAGGGAGCCCAAGAUAUCAUCAAUGAGCUUCCAGUUGAAUACGUUGAACCUCAUGAUUUAAAGGAUGUCUCUGAAACUGGAGAUAUGAACAAAGUGUAUGCUACUGUUCUGAGCCGACACCACCACCUGGUGAGGAAGAGCGAUGGCAUCUAUGAUCCCAUGGAGUAUGAGAACCACCCAGAACUGUACACCUCACACUUCAGGACCAGCGUGGCUCCCUACACAACAUGUUUGAUUAAUGGCAUUUACUGGGACCCCCACACCCCCCGACUCCUGAGACGACUUGAUGCUCAAAGGCUCAUCAGACCUCUCAAAUCCUCCUGUGCUGUCAAUGACGGAUCACCAGCACUGCCUCACAAGCUGCUGGCCAUCUGUGACAUAUCUGCUGACACCGGAGGCUCUAUAGAGUUCAUGAAUGAGUGCACCACAAUUGAUAAGCCAUUCUGCAUGUAUGAUGCAGACCAGCACAUAGAUCGCGACAGUGUGGAGGGAAAUGGGAUCCUCAUGUGCUCCAUUGACAACCUUCCUGCUCAGCUCCCGAUUGAAGCCACUGAGUACUUUGGAGACAGACUCUUCCCCUACAUCUGGGAGAUGCUGCUUUCGGAUGCAACCAAAUUUCUUAAUGAAGAGGAAUUCAGCCCACAAGUAAGAGAUGCCAUCAUCACCUCUAAUGGAACACUCACCCCAAAGUUUGAAUACAUCGAAAAAAUGAGAGAGAAAAGGGAAAAGGCCCAGAUCCUGAAGAAAACUGGCAUGAAGAGAGUUCUGCUGCUCGGCUCUGGGUACGUCUCUGGGCCUGUUGUUGAGUAUCUGACCCGAGAUGAGAGGACACAGGUCACUGUUGCGUCUGUGCUUCUGAAACAGGCUGAGGAGCUGGCAGCCAAGUAUCCCAACACGAUCCCUAUCAUGUUGGAUGCCAGCAACCAGGAGGGACACCUGGAUUCUCUGGUCAAAGACCAUGACCUGGUCAUUAGCAUGCUGCCUUAUUCUUUCCAUCCCCUCAUCGCCAAACACUGCAUCAGGAGGAAGGUGAACAUGGUGACAGCCAGCUACCUGAGUCCUGCUAUGACAGAGCUGCAGAGCAGGGUGGAGGAGGCAGGUAUCACCAUUGUGAAUGAGAUGGGACUGGAUCCAGGAAUAGAUCACAUGCUGGCCAUGGAGUGUAUCGACCAGGCCAAAGCUGAUGGCUGCACUGUGGAGUCCUACAGCUCGUUCUGUGGUGGGCUUCCUGCUCCUGAGUGUUCAGACAAUCCUCUUCGCUACAAGUUCAGCUGGAGUCCAUAUGGUGUCCUUCUAAACACCAUCCGCCAAGUUGUGUUCCUCAGAGAUAGUGAGGUGGUGAAUAUCCCAGCGGGUGGGGCUCUGAUGGAUUCUGCCACAACAAUGGAUUUCUUUCCAGGUUUCAACCUAGAGGGAUAUCCCAACCGCGACAGCACCAAGUACGCCGAGCCGUACGGCAUCCAGACCGCACACACAAUCAUUAGAGGAACCCUGCGCUUCAAGGGCUACUCGAAAGCCAUGGGUGGUUUCAUUAAGCUGGGACUGAUCAACUCGGAGCCCAGUCCUGUCCUACAGCACCCUAGAUCUGCCAUUUCUUGGAAAGAACUCCUCUGCCAGCAAAUGGGUUUGUCUUCUUCCAUCUCUCAAGAAGCUUUUGAAGAAGCUGUCUAUAAACAGAUUGGAGAGGACCAGUUCAGGAUGGACGCCUUGAGAUGGUUAGGAAUGCUCUCUGAUGACACGGUACCUCAUGCAGACACCAUUCUGGCUGCGCUUGCAAAGCACCUGGAAACCAAACUCUCUUUUGCUCAAGGUGAGCGGGACAUGAUUAUCAUGAGGAAUGACGUGGGGAUUCGACAUCCAACUGGUGAGCUGGAGACACGAGAGAUCGGCCUGGUGGUUUAUGGGGAACCGACUGGUUUCUCUGCCAUGGCUAAGACUGUAGGAUACCCAGCAGCUAUUGCUGCCCGUAUGGUUCUCGACGGGGAAAUCAGUACGAAAGGGUUGGUGGUCCCGAUGACCAAGGACAUCUAUGGGCCGGCGUUGACCCAGCUGAAAGAGGAAGGUUUGCACAUCAUAUCCAAGAGCACUCUACAGGAGUAGAACAGAGCCUGCAAACAUCAAAGAAUCUGCAGAAACUGUUGUGCAAUGAACUCCUAAAGAGGAUAAAAUCUGCUUUUGAUAACUUUACACAAAUGCUUUUAACACACUAAAACCCAUCUGUCUGAUGGUGGUCUGAUUUUCAAAGGAUUGCUUUUGUUGGACCUGCCUGGUUGGCAGAUAAAGCUUUAAGUAUCCAUAGAAAUGUGAAAGGAGGGAAAGGUGGAACAGACAAUUUGAAUUCAGCAAAAGUCUAGAAUUUCCAAAUACAGGAAUCCCUAAAAUAAUUGUUAAAUAAACUUCAUGCUCAAAGUUUGCCGUUACAGUUCAGUCUUAGGUCAGAUGUUGAGGAUGGUCAGUGCAUCUGAUGCUCAAAUCACCUUUAUGACAGCAUAUUGUUCUGCCCAACUUUGCUCAUCUGUAGCAGAGAACAAUCAUUAGCUCGGAGGUUCUCAUUGUUAUAGACGAGAUUAAAUAAAAACCAGAUAAGCAAUCAUUUUAAAAUCAAGGUGCAGAGAUGAUCUAAAUUAGCUGAAACCUGUCAUAGAACCCAGCUGAGAAAUCUUCCUUCAUAGGUGUCACCUCUUAGAAAGGAAACCAAAUCCUUCAGCUGACAUGCUCAGUGUUUGGUUUGGGCUACAGAGUUUGGUCUUCAUGUAGUCAGAAAUGUGCUCCAAACUGUUAUUGGACAUUAUCCAUACUGACUGUUGCUCUCAGCUGAUGUUUUUACAAAGUAAUCAAACGUUUGUGCACCAAGAGUUCUGCAGCUGAAUCAAAUCCAUCCAAGCUGAUGCAGGUUCAGAGUACUGUGAAACAGCACACCUUGGAAAUGUGUUCUACUUGUUCUCUAAUGACUUUGAAAUGCUUUGGCGGUCAUGUCAGUAAAAUGAUUUUGGAUCCAAAGGUUUAAGUUUAUUUAGAUUGUCUAAUUGGCAUUAAAUAGGUCAGAUUGUUGCAUUAUAAUUUAGAAACAUUUAAAACAUCUUACACUGCUGACAGUGAUCUGAGAGGGUGACUCAUUUAUUCUUGGAUCAGAUGGGCUAAACCUUUUCAAAUGGGAAAAAUAAAGUAUUUUUGCUUGUAGCUGAGAUAUAUAUUUUUAGAACAAUAUAUUUGAUUUUCCUAUAGAUGACUUUACAGCGUCUUUAAAAAAAUGUUUGUUGCUAUGUGUAGAUGUUAGGUGUGGAUGUUACAAGGGUUUCCAAUUCUAAUUCAGGACUUCAGGACAAUUUAAGUCUCAUAAACCCUAACAUGUCCGUGUUUGUUUUAAAAUAAUUGGAGAGAUCAGUUUCAUAAAACUCCAACAUGAACUGCUUGUCAUAGUCUUUUUUUCAAAUAUUAAAAGCAUCUCUUGUGUGGGUCUUUUGUUUCUAUAUUUUGCCUUUUUGACAAACAUGGAAUGGUUACAUUAUUAAAGGUGCUUCUGGAAA